UGUUAUGGAAUUUUUUUGAUAAAAAAAGAGUGCUCAAUAUUUUUCAAAAUAUUUUUGUAAUUGAAAACUCUAAAAUGAUUAAUACUUAGCUUAAACAACUCAAAUGAAUCAAUUGUGAUUAUUUAAUAACUGUCGUGGUCUUCAUCGCUAAAAAAACAACUAGCCUCAUGUCUCCGGUACUCAGUAAAAAUCUUCUAUGCAAUUUUUUCAAAAUUGGCAAAACCGCGAUAUCGUACAAAUUGGUGAAUCGAAUACACGAAUGUAACAGAAACAGAUUAUACUUGAGUCAGUUAUUACCAUCAAAUCAAAACCGAAUCAUCUUUCAAAAUGUGAGAAGUUUUAAAGACUUCGGGCAUAAAGAGGAUCCACCAGUGGUUGAAACAAAGAUCGCAACGUUCAUUGCUGUCUUUUUUCUGAUGGCUGCAAUGUUUAAUUGGCCGAGAUUCAUUUCCGUUCUUAACCUUGAUAUGCUCUUGGAAGACGAAUUUAAACCAGAAGAUGCAGCUACGGAAGACGAUGAAGACGACGAUACAAACGUAGUCGUUGAUUCUGGUAAACAAAAGUCAUCGAAGAAGGAUAAAGAAAAAAUUGGAUUUCGCGAUCGAAAGAUCAUCGAAUAUGAAAACCGAAUUCGACAUUUUUCUACACCGGAUAAAGUUUUCCGAUAUUUUUCUACGUUGCAAGUCACUCAUGUGCAUUCUAACGGACAAGAAACUCAUGAAGUAUUCAUGACGCCUGAUGAUUUUCUCAGGUCUAUGACACCUGGAAUUAAACAACCAGAGGGAUUAGGUCUGGAUCAGUACAUCAAAUAUGAUCCAAAGAACGUGCACAUGAAAUUGGAACUUGCUUUGGAUGAGGAUAGCAUUUUUUUCAAGCUUGGAAGUUCCGGAUUGAUAUCGUUCUCAGAUUACAUAUUUCUACUUACAGUAUUAUCUACUUCUAAGAGGCAUUUUGAAAUCGCUUUUCGUAUGUUUGAUUUAAACGGAGAUGGCGAUGUGGAUUGUGAAGAAUUUGAAAAGGUAGCUACUCUCAUCAGACAACAAACCAGUAUCGGUAGCAGACAUCGUGAUCAUGCCAACACUGGGAAUACAUUUAAAGGCGUUAACUCAGCUUUGACUACGUACUUUUUUGGUAAAAAUAAAGACAAGAAGCUAACAAUAGAAAAAUUUUUAUACUUCCAAGAACAACUGCAACGUGAAAUUUUGAGCCUUGAAUUUCAACGUAAAGAUCCUGAUGAAAAUGGCAAAAUCACCGAAGCAGAUUUUACCGAAUUAUUACUCGCUUAUGCUGGUUACCCACCUAAAAAGAAAUCUAAAAUCAUCAAACGUGUUAAAAAACAAUUCAAAGAAAAUGCGCAAGGUAUUAGUAGAGAUGAUUAUCUUAAAUUUUUCCACUUUUUGAACAAUAUAAACGAUGUAGAUACCGCUCUCACAUUUUAUCACAUUGCUAGUGCUUCGAUCGAUCCGGCAACCUUUAAACACGUGGCAAAAACUGUUGCACACGUUGACUUGAGUGAUCACGUUAUUCAAGUGGUAUUUGUUAUUUUCGAUGAGAAUCUCGACGGUCAGCUUAGUAAUAAAGAAUUCAUCGCUGUAAUGAAAAAUCGUCUGUUGAGAGGGUUAGAAAAGCCCAAAGAUACCGGAUUUGUGAAAUUCAUUCAAUCAGUUGUGAAAUGCGCUUCUGAAGAAGUAUUCAAUUUUCAAUUUUAAUUUACCUACUACAUAUAUCAAAUGUGCAGUAAUUAUCAAAUCAAAUACUUAAUCAUGUCACCGUUUUUCUUCUGUUGUGUUUUUUGAGCAUUUGCUUAUUUUUUAAAUUAUGUUGUUUUUCUUUCUUAAUCUCAUAUAAAUGUAUAAGUUUCGUUUACUUUACCAUUACAUAAUGUUUUUUUAAUUUUUGUUCUUACGAGUUGAGUUAUUAAUAAAAUUGCUAUGUUUUUCAA